CAGAAAAUAUUUGUUGGAGCGGGUGUUUUUGGUUGCGUCGUUUUUGUAGUAUUUUUUGGAAUUGGCAUUUAUUGUCACCAGCGAAAAAAGAAGUUAGGAAAAGGAGCUAAAUAUGGUCUUGAUUGCAGUCCCAAACAAAGCAAAGUAACUGUGGAAUACAUUGCACAGGACUCGUCCGUUGUUGGCUCCUCACCAUCCUGCGAGUUAACUGUUCCAAUGAUGCGUCAGGAAAGUCGUAACCUCACUAAGGUUUCCGAAGUAGACAUGUCAGUGGGAGAAAACUGGGAGAUCGGCAGAGAACUUAUCAACCUGCAGGAAGUUCUCGGAGAAGGCGCGUUUGGAAGGGUCAUGAAGGCGGAGGUGUUUGGAAUUCCCAAUAUGCCUUUCAGAUGCCAUGUCGCGGUCAAAAUGCUAAAAGGUGAGUUUUGUAUUUAGGUGUUGUUUAUAAAACCUAGCUUUGCCAUUGCAAUCAUUAAAUUUUGUAUUUUUUGCCGCAAUAGAAAAAAGUCAAGACGGGAAAGAGAACAGGAAAAGGAAAAGAAUAAAAAAGUAAAAAAAGUUAAAAGAAAGAGAAGAAAAGGGAAAAUAUUAUAAAACCCAGGACCAGAAGCAAAUAGGGUCAUACCGCCAGACCACGAAAACAAAAGAACGGAUGCUAUUUAAAGUUACCUUAUUUACUUUGAUACAGUCUUCUAGAAAUCAACUCAAGAAAAAAAAAAAACUGCCAUCAUUUGACGAAUUGAACGAGAUGAAAUAAGCGCGAAAAAAGUUGGAAGCAGCGCGACAAGCCAUAGCCGCGGAAGGCCACAGAGUAAGACAUUGCACAGGCUUAUCAGUGGCCUAGCACAGGUUUUGUAUACACACCCGAAGAAGGAACUUCCCUUAAACAUUUCGUAGCCGCUAAUUCUCCUACUGUCAUCUCGCUGUAGUUUGGAAAAGGAUUCUCCAAUUUUUUCCGAUACAACUACCGUGAUCUCCCCGUCUAUUUCCAAGAACGAAGUAUUCCAUCUCUUGCUAAUUAAUUGUGAGAUGGAUUGAGCAAGUGGAAUGUUUUAAAAAUGUAUGCCCCACUGCAAAAUAGCUACUUAAACUUUGAUACCUUGCCUAAGUGAAACAAAAGAACAACAAGAAGACAACAAAAUAUGAGACAAAAACAGGCCGGUACUCGUGGUUUUUAGGCACUUUUAUACUAACGUGUUCGAAAGCGUCCGCCUCGAAAGCCCCACAUCGAAACAAUCGUUUUAGAGUUGUUUCUGGUAGUCCACACUCAAAUAUCGAAAACGCCUUCCUGCAUGGCAAUGAGUCUACGCAGUCGCCAGGUUAUUCUCAGAUAUUUGUAUUAAUAAGCGCGCCUACUCCAAGUAACAGUGUUACGUCCGUCUUUUCCAGCCAUUUUUGACUUGUUAAAUAUACAAGUGUUUAGGAACUUAAUGGAGGUCUUCUAAAACCUCCAUUUGUUUUAGUAUGAGCACAAGGCCAGAAGGCCCAAAAAUGCUUGCGUUUUCAAACGAAAGCAAACUAGCGUGGUGGAGGUCAUAUAAUACUUAACUAUUUAACAUUAGGACUGUAAUGUCAACUCCUGCAUUUCAGAGGAUGCCACAGAACAGGAACACACAAAUCUUGUAUCAGAGUUGGAGCUAAUGAAGACCAUUGGAAAACACAAGAACAUAAUCAAUUUGAUUGGCACCUGCACUCAAGGAGGUUAGUUGACGGAGAAAUUGAGUGGAGAAAUUGGAGUUCUCCCUUACCGAAAACAAGAAAAAAUAUAUUCCUUCUGUAAACUUGAAGGUACACUCUUUGCCAUGCUGCGGAAUCUUUUUGUUAUAACAUUAUGGGUAACAUUGAAAAUUGGUCAUAAGAGCAUCGUAUGCAGCCUUGAACCAAAAAGUAAAAGCACUUUUAUUUAAUUCUGCACUUGUGAUUGCUUAAAUCACAGUCGGUAUUCAGAAGUAAUAUAUUACUUAACCGAAGAACAUUGCAGGUCAUUUCAGCAAGACAAAAAAUAGAAUACCCAAGAUUUCGCAAAAUUAGACUUGUUUUUUUAAAGAAUGCAUUUUAACGAUGUUAAACUGUUAUUAUCCUUUUCCCUUUCAGGUCCACUUUAUGUACUUGUAGAAUUCGCUCCAAAUGGUAACUUAAGACAAUUUUUGAGAAAAAGGAGGCCAACCAGGGAAAUCGCCACAACCUUAACUGCAUUGAGAGACAGGAGGCCAGUCAGAGAGAACGGUUCUACAGUGACGUACAUGGACCUGGUUUCCUUCUCUUAUCAGGUCUGCAGAGGAAUGGAAUAUCUGUCUUCGAAAAAGGUGUGUGUCAAGAUGUGGUAUUUUUCAGAUGACUGCCGGAAUAAGUGAGCGCGUCUUACUCACACCAUGCACUGCGUGAAAUAAGUGACUUGGUGGAAUUUGGGUUAAAGACCAAGAACUUUGAAGAGAUGUGUGUGCGUAUGUGGUGGGAGUAUUGAGGGGUCAGUGAUGUAGUUUGGGCAAGAAUCCUUUUCCAACCUAACUUUAACUGUGAAAACAUAUCAUGAUGUUAGAUUCCUUUUGUCAUUGUUCUGUUCAGUUUUGUUAUUUUCAUUGUUCAGGUUGCGUUUCAGUAUUGAUCAAACCCAACGGGCGUUGAUUCGUGUUUUCGCGAGCUACGAGUUACCAAGGGCUCGAUCUUCCUGAAGCCAUUCGGUAUACAUGGAAAGAGAAGUCGUCAGCUAAGGCUAAGGUCGAUAACAAAUUUUUUGUCUUUUCGUUAGUGUAUUCAUCGUAAUCUUGCGGCCAGAAACGUUUUAGUUGCUGAGGAUAAUACCAUGAAAAUUGCAGACUUUGGUCUAUGUAGAGACGUGCAUCUAAAGGGUUAUUACAGAAAAACAACAGACGUGAGUAUAUACACACACUAUACUUUAUUUUCAUACUCAUCAUUUUGCCAUCUCCGCCCGCAAAUAGCAAAAGCUAGACGAGGCGGGCGGAGAGGAAAGGUUACAGCAAUCAUAUCAGAUGAUAUUGUAAAGUAACCUAAAUAGACUUUGUGGAUAAAUAAGAAUUACAGAAAAACAAGCUACAAUGGGCGACAAAAUGAUUUGAGACACUUCGCCCUAAAUGUACUUUUUGACGUUUUCCGGAUUUCGAAAGGGGAAAAGAUAGCUUUUCCUCCCCCAUCCCCUCCAUGCAAUGUUGUGCCACUGUUCGAGCUACCUUUAGAAAACAAGAAACAUCCCAACUUUGAAUGGAGGGGACAGGGGAGGGGUGUGGAUUCUUAUGUUCUCUGAAGUUACCCUAUUUGAGUACAAUGUCUCAACAAUUUUGUCGCCGAUUGUAGCUAAAGUUACAAAAUAUAUAGUCUUACAGAAUGAUAUUACAAGACAAAUUUUAGUACUAACAGGACCUAUCAAUUAUUAGUGCAUUUAGUCAAGGCUGCAGAACUUGUCAUUUUUUGUAGGAGAAUGGGCAUUUCAACAAAAUCGUCCUCUGCUUCCAUUUUCGAGGGCAAUAAGUCAUGAAAAAUGUUUCUUAAAAGCUCCUUUGGAGAGUUGACGAAAUUCGUUAGGAAUUUCGUUCCAAAGUUUAGCUCUGCAAACUUGGAAAAAGAAUCUUGAUUUAGAUUCAGUCUUGAAGUUUUGGACAUAUUUCCAGACGAAGAAACCCUGGUCUCAUGCAUGCUUGUGCUUUGAAUUAGCUUUAGUAAAGAGAUCACAAUUGUUAGACGGAGGAUUCAUGCAGGAGACGUCAAACACUAUAGAAGAUAGUUUUUCAGCACAUAACAUUUGUAAGGGUAGAAUUUUUGAGGAAAUAAAUAAAGGCACAGCAUGGGCUCUGGGUUCAGAAAAAUACAUCAAACGAAGGACUCGUUUUUGAAGCACGAGAAUUUUUUGUAAAUGGGUUUUGGCAGUUUGACCCCAAGCCGCCGAACCAUAUGUCAGAUAAGGCAAUAUCAAUGAUUGAUAAAUAUUUAAAAGGGUUGUACGUGGAACGAAGUGCCUAGGACGGGCAACAGCACCAACAGUUCUGCUUAUUUUUAAUGCAACAUUGUUAAUAUGAAAUUUCCAGCUUAAAUUACUGUCCAAUAGGACGCCAAGAUAUUUAACAUGGUCUUCACACUGAAGGGUGGUAGGAAAUUGAGUACAGUUAUCAAUAAUUUCAAUGUUAACCGAGUAGUUCAACUUACGUUGAUAUGGACGAAAGAUAACAGUUUGACUUUUUAGCAUUGAGCGUUAACUUAUUUGAUUGAGCAUUGAGUAAAUAUCAAAGGUUCCUUCUUUUUUUGCCUUUUUCGAAUAACCACAACGUUACACUGAGCUAACUUAUAACAGGAUCAGCAAUUUCGUCUUUCCCGAGCUUAAAAUUUCCAUUUUUUUUUAUGAAAUACCCUGUUUAUAUGACACGUUAUUAGUAUUGCCAUCCUGGGUAGCUGAGUUUCCUUUCUCCUUUGUUUCACGUAGUUCGUUUUACAGGCCCUGGACGGUGUCUCUUGGGGUACAGCUUCCCUACCUUCUUUCUGCAAGCUUGAAACCUGACGAAUAUUUUCGUAGAUAUCAACUCGAAAGAAUAGCAGAAAACGAGCCUGACAGAAAGUAUUUUAUGAAGGAGGGUCAUACCCUCGAAGUCAAAAUAACCGAAAACCAGUCCCAGAAAGAGAGCGAGAAAUCUGCAAUCAAUAAUUAACUUUUUGUUAAGUUUAACUUAAGCAACUUUUCUGCCCAUGUAAACCUGUAAGGGAGAGUGUCCCUACCAUGUUAAACUUACUGUGCAUGAAAAACGAGGUACGGUUCUUCUAACCUCUAGCUAGAGGCACCCUCUUCUCAUGUCAUACAGGCCCUAAAUCAUAGUCAUACUGACACCAUUCUCUUUAUGUUAAUUUUGUGAUACAUCUUCAAUUAGGGGCUUCUUCCAGUCAAGUGGAUGGCCGUUGAAUCCCUCUUUGAUCGCGUUUAUGAUACACAAAGUGACGUGUAAGUUCCUUGAAAUGUUACUUAGUCACAGCUAAGUACUGAGGUAUAUGAAAUGCGUUUUACGGAACCUAGUCUAAUUUAAUUGUCGUGUCACAAAAUUUUACUUUUAGCAAAAUUCAGCCAUACGGAAGCCUUCAAACAAACUUUCCAUUUGUAGGAUAUCGUAAGCGGAUUGCAGUUGAGUUUUUUUAAAAAACUGUUCAGCCUAACAGUUUCUUAAAUUUUAUAUCGGUUGUGCUAUGAAUUUGAAUGAUCACACGCAGGAGACUUGUUCUGAAGCUGAGCUUUUUACCAUUCAGGCGAUAAUUUCUUCGCUCGGAAAGUUUAGUUUCAAAGUGAAUAAAUGGUCAAAACUAAACAAACUGGACUAAAUUUUCUCGACACAGUUUAUAAACCCCAAAGAGGUGUUAAUUUGUUUUCUUUCCUCUUUCAUCAGGUGGUCCUUUGGAAUACUCUUAUGGGAAAUGGUUACUUUUGGUACGUAAGUGGCAUUUUAUAUUGACGAGGAAAAAAGAAAAAGAAACAUUUGCCAUAAAAUAAGAAGGCCUUUUCCUUAGCAAGAAAAUACCAUUUACACUUUUUUAGUGGAUAAUAGUCACAAUUUAUUAAUAUCUUUUAAAUGCUCUUUUCUAGGAGGGUCUCCAUAUCCCGGCGUUCCUCUAGAAACUUUGUUUGAGCUAUUAAAAUCUGGAUACCGAAUGAAAAAGCCACUCAACUGUCCAGAUAACAUGUAAGUAGCCAAAAAAGCUUCAAUUAUCGUGGUGAAUACACCCGAGGCCAAAGUAAGACAACCAACAAAAAAUUCUGGUACUGUCAAAUUGAAAUGUAUAAAGAUGUAGAAUGAAGUAAGCAGCCACAUGGUCCCUGCUCCCACAGCCUCGCUUUCAUGAGUUAAGAACAUAUAUGAUAAGGUCCCGGAUGGCAGCAACGACCCUCUCACUGUCCCAAGAGAAAUUGAAAGCAAUGCUUUUGCAAAUUUUUGGGGCAAACAAGGUACAUUUUUGGAGAUGUGCAAGAGGCAAUGGAAGAACCAGAAAAAAAGGCAUCCGGUAGUAUUGAGAAACAUAUUGUGCGUGUUUUGGGUUUUUCUUGCUUCCUUAGGUAUCACAUUAUGUUGAAAUGUUGGCAGGAGUCACCGAUGCAAAGACCUACCUUUGAGGAACUGGUCAAAGAGUUCGAUGCUAUGUUGGUGUCACUACCAGAUAAAGUCGACUCAACACGUCGAUUGGAAGAGGUAUAAGUAGGUUCACCCCUUACUAAGCCGGCCAGUAUAGUGAUCACAUACCGUACUGUAAGAGUGAGACAAAAGUUAUUUGAAGCCGAAUUUCAAUCGGAAAGUCUAUAGUCCUCAAGGCGAGAGGUACCUGCAUUCAUAUCAGCCGGUUUAUACGUUAGUCCAUCUUUAAGUCAGUUGAACAAUUUAAAUCCUGUCUAAUUUGUUUAGGACGGAUAUAGUUGAGACCGGAACUAAACGAUUCUUUUUUCCCGGCGCAUUUUUCUUUCAUUAACGGCAAGUCAUAAUAACAAAUUAUAACAUUAAUAAUAAAGAAAAUCUUUAUGCAAUACUCAUAAAAAGACCUAUGUACAGUGCUUCACUUAAAAAAGAAUUAAAACGAAAUUUGUAUCUUAACAUCUGUUAGAACAAAAAGAAAAGAUCAUUAUGUCUCAAUAUCUCUUGAAAUAUAAUCCACGAAAAUGUUUCUCUGCUUAUUAUUAUUACUAUUACUAUUAGCAAUCACUACCAAUAUUUAACAUCUUUUCACUAAUUCCUCUUUAAAAUCUGCCACUAAGGUUUCCGAAGUAGACAUGUCAGUGGGCGAAAACUGGGAGAUCGACAGAGAACUUAUCAACCUGCAGGAAGUCCUCGGAGAAGGCGCGUUUGGAAGGGUCAUGAAGGCGGAGAUGUUUGGAAUUCCCAAUAUGCCUUUCAGAUGCCAUGUCGCGGUCAAAAUGAUAAAAGGUGAGUUUUGGAUUUAGGUGUUGUAUACAAAACCAAGCUUUGCCAUUGCAAUCAUUAAAUUUUGCAUUUUUGGCCGCAAUAGAAAGAAGUCAAGACGGAAAAAAGAACAGGAAAAGGAAAAGAAUAAAAAAGUAAAGAAAGUUAAAAAAAAGAGAAGAAAAGGGAAAAUGUUAAGCCUCAAACCCAGGACCAGAAGCAAAUAGGGUCAUAUCGCCAGACCACGAAAACAAAAGAACAGAUGCUUUUUAAUGUUACCUUAUUUACUCUAAAGGGCGCCGCCUCUCCUAAGCGCCGUACUUUGGAGCAAGACUAGGGAGCUUUUAAAAGCAACGACGACGGCGACGGAAUUUGACAACGGAAACAAGAAUCGCCGAAAGGCGAUUUUUAACUGGGCUGCCAAGGGGCUAUUUUUUCUGAGGGGAGGGGGCGGCUAUACACUCUCAGGCUACCAUAAAACCUUGUCGGCAACCAUUGCAUGCGACAGAACCUCAUGUGAGACUGAAACAUAAACUCAUUCAAAACAUUGUACCCUUUUGAAAGACUUUCGUAACCCCAAAAAAAGAGUACCAUUUUUAAGUGGGGGCUGUAUAAUAACUUUUAAAUUCCAACACUAUGAAUAAAAAUAGACAAGUUAGCCAUUAAUUCUAAGCAGGAAACAAUUUGCAUUAUUUCCACGUACCCCUCCCCUAAUCCCCCUGUGCCCCAAAAUAUAGCGUGACAGUAUAACGUGACGUAACUGGAAAUUCCAAAAAUUGUUGUCGUUCUACGAGUAUAAUGAGCUGAUUUACACUAGACAGAAAUAUUGUAUUAUAUGAAAACCAGAAGUAUACUAAAACAGACAGUUAACUGCCCAUUGAUCCCGCCUGAUCCAGGGGCCUCACUGACUGCACGGAGACUUUUACUGCGCUUUUCACAAACAUGCGAACUCUAAAGUUCAAAAGCCACCUUCGCAAUUGUGUUUAUCGCUGCCGUCAAUCAUAAUUACGAUCAAAAGCAACGAACCUUGAAACAGAGAAACACAGGGCGCUUUCCAUUUACGAAAAAACCCCGGAAAUUUCGGUGGUAGCAAAAGUGGAAUUUCCGAUUGGUAAAAAGUUGUUCCAUUUGGUCGUAAACCCCGGUACGUGGCUGGGUGCCCGACCGUGGACCUGGAACUGGUACAAACUACAAGAAACGUAAAUGGAACACGACAUUCCGUUCGGAAAUUCCAACUGGGAAAACGGGACCACCUUUUUAGAUUUUCCACUUUUUCUGGGAAUUUUCCAGUGGGACGAACCGACGAAACGUGUUCCAUUUACCGCCGAACCGGAAAUUCCGGAAAUUUUGACUAAAUGGAAAGCGCCCACACAAAACGGAUCGAAAUCCGCAAAUCACAAACCAUGACCUUUUGAACCCGUGAAGUAGAGUUUUGUUUCCUAAGAGGUCCGUUAAGAUGAUUGACAGCAAUCCUAAUUUGCGGUCCACAAUCUACAAGAAAACGCACUAUUUUUUCCACAAGAAGAAAAAUAUUCAGUUUUAAGAUUUUCCUCAUGGUAUUUUUCUCUAACUUAAAGGAAUAAAAUCCUUUGCACUUUGAGACCUAAAAAGUUUAAAGACUUCUCGCUCGCAUGUUGCGUUCACCAGCACGCACUUCAAACAAUGUAAAUAGAUGAAACGAUCGAUAACAUAUUUUUUACCUGAUACCGAUGCGAGUUAAAAAUUCGCUCCAGUUCUGUUUGUCUCACCCAAGACGAACUUUUCUUCAUGGAAGAUAACUAUGCCGCUUUAUAACUCGUCCGAAGUUUUUGUGCCAGCUAAACAAUAUGGAAACACUAUUCACAGUGACUCCUUGGAUAUUAAAAAGACUGAACGUGACGAACUAUUAUGCCUUUGUUUACUUCUGAUCACAUCUUCAAGCGAAGUCUCUCUUUUCAAGCGAUUCAUCUCAAUGCACAAUAAUUGACCCUUAUAUUAGUUAAAACCCUAUGGUUCAUUUAUAUUAAUGCUGUUUUUGCCCCUCACAUUGACUGUGUUCGUUCGUAUUCAAAACACCUUUACGAAAAUAAAGGAUGUUGCUCAGGAUGUUCCAUACAUGGCUAAAGAAUGGAAAGGUGCCAUAAGAGCUAAGAGGAGGGCAGCAAAAAAGUAUCUCAAGGAACAAACCAGUGAGAACUGGGAAGCUAGGCGGAUAACCAGAAACGAGGCCACCCGACUCCGGAGAAAGGCAAUAAGGACAUAUUGGAAAGAGCAAGCCACUAAGCUUAAGUGCAAGCCGAGUGAGUUCUAUAAGACAUUUAUGCCCUUUCUGACUGAUAAGCACAAGGUCAACACAAAUGAGCUCAGCCUAAGUAUCAACGGGACCAUCUGCAGAGACCAAUGUGCGGUUUCUAAUCACUUGUGUGAAUAUUUUGCUAUUGUGGCUGAUGGGAUUGGAAACACCAGUGCGGUUGAUGACAAAGUUCUCGCCACCCACCCUAGUGUCCAGAAUAUUACGCAGAAGAUGACAGGAUAUCAGGGCUUCCAGUUUCAGAAUCUUCAGAGUUUUGAAGUUGAAAAGGCGCUGCAAAACGUCAAUGUAAGGAAGAGUACAGGCUGGGACGGCAUCCCUCCCAUGGCGCUCAAGCUUGGAGCUACUGAGCUAACAAAUCCAUUGACGUCACUAUUUAAUUCAUGUAUAACCCUCGGAGAGUGGCCCUUGGAUGGAAAAGGGGUGAAUGGACACCCGUUUUUAAGAAGGACGAUCCCCAUGAAAUGGGAAACUACAGACCCAUAACUGUACAAGUUACUGUAAACAAACUCUUUGAACAAUUACUCAGCAAGCAACUCAGUUAUGGUUUUAAUAACAAACUGUGCGACAAACUAACAGCUUACAGGAAAAACAAUAGCUGUGAGACAGCUCUCUUAUCUUUGACUGAGAAUUGGAAAUUCGCUCUGGAUGAGCAUAACGUUGUGGGUGUUCUCUCCACGGACAUGAGCAAAGCCUUCGAUUCACUUUACCAUCCACUUACACUUGCAAAACUUAAAGCUUAUGGUGUUGAGGAAAGAAGUCUGCGAUUGAUGGGCUCCUACUUCACAGACCGUUAUAACAGGGUCAAGCUAGGAUCUGUAGUGAGCGAGUGGCAGAGGGUGACAAGGGGAUGCCCACAGGGUUCUGCAUUUGGACCUCUCAUCUGGAACAUCUUCCAAAACGAUUUGACUUAUACUGUUGAUGCGAACAUGAAUAUGUAUGCAGAUGACCACCAGUUUUAUGUCGUUCGCAGCACCCUCUCUGAUGUGCAUGAUGAUCUUGCUGUUUGCGCUGAGUCAGCAUCUUCAUGGUACAGAGCUAAUUUACUAAAGGGAAAUUUGGACAAGUACCAGACAAUGGCACUUGGUUGCGGAAGGAAGUCUAUGGACAGUAUUAUGAUUGACAAUCAUGAAGUCAGAUCCACUGAAUGUCUCAAGCUAUUAGGUGUCUGUAUUGAUAACAAUCUUCGUUUUGAUGAACAUAUAAGUAGUAUCUCUAAGAAGAGCGCCCAGCGGGUAGGCGUUCUCAUGAGGCUCAGGAACCUUAUACCCACACAAACUAAGUUACAGUUAUAUAAGGCAGCUGUUCUUCCGUAUUUAACCUACUGUCACCUUAUAUGGCAUUUUUGCCGUGCUAGUGAUUCUAGACGACUAGAGCGUAUCCAGGAAAGAGCACUUAGGGCUAUAUAUUGUGAUAAACAUUCGUCCUAUGGUCAAUUACUAUCUAUGGCUGGGCUAUCGACUCUACACAACCGGCGACUACAGGACAUAGCUAUUCUCAUGUAUAAAGUUAAAAACAACAUGUGCCCAACCUACAUUAGCACUCUCUUUGAACAGCCUGCAAUUAAGUAUGAACUGCGCAAUCAUGACUUCACUAUACCCAGAUUCAACACAGUCUCCUUUGGAAAGCACUCGCUCAGGUAUAUGGGCCCAAGGGUAUGGAGUUCUGUUCCUAGUAACGUGAAAAAAGCUUCCACGUUGUCCUCCUUCAAAUAUAACAUAAGAAAAGUGGAUCUUAGCAUGCUAUUAGCUGACAAUAACUGCUCUAACUGCUCUCUUUGCACUUCUUAAUCUUUUAUUUCUUAUUUUUUUAUAAGAUAAUGGAUACAUUUGUACAUAUUGUAUAUAAUUCUCUCGAAUUUCACACUUGCUUAUACUGUACAUAGUUUUUCUUAAUUUUAAUUAAUUUAUUAAUUGAUUUAUUUUUUAAAUUUAUUUUAGUGUCCCCACUUAGUGGUUAUACACCGCUAUUACAGUCUUGACACUUUAAUAAAGGUAUCAUCAUCAUCAUCAUCAAAGGUCGUAUAGGUCAUGUGUGUUAUGUUUCGAGAUAAAUGGAUUAUACGCUUUUUUAAGUUUCCAUUUUGCGGUGACUUCAGUUAACAUCUUCAUAAAAUGGUAAAAGAAAUAUCAAGAAACAUCACGAGAGCUAAAAAACUUUCAAAGGCAUGUUUCUGAAACUCGCUAAUGCUGACAUCAAUAUAGGGUGCUUGCUGAAUGGGCGAAAACACAGAAUUGUGAUCACAAGAUCAUGUACAAAUUUAAUGAUAAAAGCUUAGCAAGAUACAAAUACAAACAAACAAAAGCAAACCCCCUGAAACCUCGACGUGGGCUACACUUGUAUGCUCUUCUCAGUCACCGAACCUUGUCAGUAAUAGCUCCUAUAUAUAGUCCUCAAGUCGCUCUCUGUGAAGCUCCCGGAUGGGAUGUUCCGCUUUAAACUUGUGCAUGGUGCGCGAAAUUCUCAGAGUCCCUAUUUUUGUCCGUGUCUUCUUUAUCCUCAGUAUCCGAAAUUUAGGCCUCCAAAGUGGCGUGUGUUGCAUUAAAUAGAAGGAAAUAUUUAAAGGAAAAGCCAGUCUUCUAACAUGGCAAAGUUGUCACGUCCCUCGCUCAUAGACGUGCGUAGUGCCAUUCAUCGGCAACUGAGUUGUUCGCUUCACUGACUACGAAGGCUUACAAUCAAUUCUUCAGCCAUAGUGUCGUCAACUGGUGAAAUACGUUGCUCAUAAAUUGUGCUUCUUAAUUGCUCAUGUACUACAUCGAUCGAUAAUUCUCUCUUUGAGUUCACGAAGCGGCCACGGCGUUCCAAACCUGACGCUCACAGUCAUUUUUUAGUGUGAACCUACCGUGAACAGCGUGUCGGUUUGAAUGCAACGCGAGCAUUUCUCUGAGUUUCCCAGCGCCAACAUCAUCUAACUGACUUAAACUCGAACAAUAAAAAAAUGAUAGAGUGACUCCCAUGAUCGAAUCGCUUCGAACAACGCAAAUAGCCUUCUUCAGGUUCGCAACGCUUUGUGGGUUUUUCAGGGGGAGCGCAGACGAGGUACAAAAAGUAUCCGUGCAGGGGUUCGUGCAAGAGAAACUCAUAUGAAACCAUUUGUGAGAACAUCGUUUCUCGGUACCAGACCCUCGUGUCUUCCCUCCCCCGGGAGACCACUUUUUGACACCGACUACCGAAAGCCCAUUUUAUGACUGGGCGCACAGGCAGCCCAGUAAAAAGCAAUAGGUUUAGAUUGGCAAAAUAACUAUACACGACGUGCAUUACACUUUUUUUUUACAUUUCUUUGCCGUCACUGCACGACUACGAUGUGAAAAUGCCUAUUUAACGUUUUUUUGGAGAACGUGAACACAAGACAAAGACUUUCUUUUUCUUUUCUUUAACUUUGAUACAGUCUUCUAGAAAUCAACUCAAGAAAUCAUCAUCAUUUGACGAAUUAAACGAGAUGAAAUAUGCGCGAAAAAGUUUGAAGCAGCGCGACAAGCCAUAGCCGCGGUAGGCCACAGGGUAAGGCAUGACACAGGCUUAUCAGUGGCCUAGCGCAGGUUUUGUAUACACACCCGAAGAAGGCACUUCCCUUAAACAUUUCGUAGCCGCUAAUUCUCCUACUGUUAUCUCACUAUAGUUUGGAAAAGGAUUCUCCAAUUUUUUCCGAUACAACUAUCGUGAUCCCCCUGUCUAUUUCCAAGAACGAAGUAUUCCAUCUCUUGCUAAUUAAUUGUGAGAUGGAUUGAGCAAGUAGAAUGUUUUAAAAAUGUAUGCCCCACUGCAAAAUAGCGACUCAAACUUUGAUACCUUGCCUAAGUGAAACAAAAGAACAACAACAAGACAAGAAAAAUAUGAGACAAAAAUAGGCGGGUACUCGUGGUUUUUAGACACUUUUAUACUAACGUGUUCGAAAGCGUCCGCCUCGAAAGCCCCACAUCGAAACCAUCGUUUUGGCAUUGUUUCUGGUGCAUGACAAUGAGUCUUCGCAGUCGCCAGGUUAUUAUCAGAUAUUUGUAUUAUUUAGCGCGCCUACUCCAAGUAACAGUGCUACUUCCUUCUUUUCCCGCCAUUUUUGACUUGUUAAAUAUACAAGUGUUUAGAAACUUAAUGGAGGUCUUCUAAAACUUCCAUUUUUUGUAGUAUGAGCACAAUGCCAGAAGGCCCAAAAAUGCUUGCGUUUUCAAACUAGCGUGGUGGAGGUCAUAUAAUACUUAAAUAUUUAACAUCAGGACUGUAAUGUCAAUCUCCUGCAUUUCAGAGGAUGCCACGGAACAGGAACACACAGAUCUUGUAUCAGAGUUGGAGCUAAUGAAGACCAUUGGAAAACACAAGAACAUAAUCAAUUUGAUUGGCGCCUGCACUCAAGGAGGUUAGUUGACGGACAAAUUGGGUGGAGAAAUUGGAGUUCUCCCCUACCGAAAACAAGAAAAAAUAUAUCCCUUCUGUAAACUUGAAGGUACACUCUUUAUCAUCCUGCGGAAUCUUUUUGUUAUAACGUUAUAGGUAACAUUGAAAAUGGGUCAUAAGAACAUCUUAUGCAGCCUUGAACCAAAAAGUAAAAGUACUUUUAUUCAAUUCUGCACUUGUGAUUGCUUAAAUCACAGUCGGUAUUCAGAAGUUAUAUAUUACUUAACCGAAGAACAUUGCAGGUCAUAUCAGCAAGGCAAAAAAUAGAAUUCCCAACAUUUUGUAAAAUUAGACGUGUUUUUACAAUGCUAAACUGUUAUUAUUCCUUUUAUCCUUCAGGUCCGCUAUAUGUAGUUGUAGAAUUCGCUCCAAAUGGUAACUUAAGACAAUUUUUGAGAAAAAGGAGGCCAACCAGGGAAAUCCCCACAACUUUAACUGCAUUGAGAGACAGGAGGCCAGUCAGAGAGAACGGUUCAACACUGACGCACAUGGACCUGGUUUCCUUCUCUUAUCAGGUCUGCAGAGGAAUGGAAUAUCUGUCUUCGAAAAAGGUGUGUGUCAAGAUGUGGUAUUUUUCCGAUGACUGCCGGAAUAAGUGAGCUUCUUACUCACACCAUGCACUGCGUGAAAUAAGUGAUUUAGUGGAAUUUGGGAAUUUGGAAUGUGUGCGCUAAUGUGGUGUGGGUAUUGAGGGGUCAGUGAUGUAGUUUUGGCAAGAAUCCUUUUCCAACCCAACUUUAACUGUGAAAACAUAUCAUGAUGUUAGAUUCCUUUUGUCAUUGUUCUGUUCAGUUUUGUUAUUUUUAUUGUUCAGGUUACAUUUAUAAGUAUUGAUCAAACCCAGUGGGCGCUGAUUCGUGUUUUCGCGAGCUACGAGUUACCAAGGGCUCGAUCUUCAGGAAGCCAUUGGGUAUGCAUGAAAAGAGAAGUCAUCAGCUAAGGCUAAGGUCGAUAAAAAAUUUCUUAUCUUUUUAUUAGUGUAUUCAUCGUGAUCUUGCGGCCAGAAACGUUUUAGUUGCCGAGGAUAAUACCAUGAAAAUUGCCGACUUUGGUCUAUGUAGAGACGUGCAUCUAAAGGGUUAUUACAGAAAAACAACAGACGUGAGUACUUCUUAGUAUAGUGUGCUUGAAGCGCUUAAAAGAUCCUAAAAAUAUGGUUGAUUUUCAAACAAGAGGGUACACCUCUUCAAUGAAUGUCCCCUCCCCCUCCCCUUUCAAGAAGAUAACGCAUUGUCGUAAGAGAAAAGUAAUUUUCGUCCUGGGUGUUACGAUACAGUUACCAAUUCGUUACAGUUUUCAUUUUUAUUUCCCGGCCAUGUGCUUGUGUCAUCUGUACCAUUGUAAAAGAACUUUUGGACCAUCCUUUCCGGCCUGCCUUUUUGUAUUGCGCGCUGUUGUUUCGAUCAAGUUAAACGAUGAAACGAAGUAAAUUUCAAAGGUUUCUUUUUUUUGCCUUUUUUGAACAACCACAACAUUACAUUGAGCUGCCUUAUGACUGGAUCAGCAAUUUUGUCUUUCCUGAGCUUAAAAUUUCCAUUUACCUUGUUUACAUGAGGGAGGGUGCCUCUUAUUAGUAGGGCCAUCCUGGGUAGUUGAGUUUCCUUCCUCCUUUGUUUCACGCAGUUCGUUUUACAGGCACGGGACGGUGCCUCUUGGGGUAGGUAUUCCCUACCUUCUUUCUGCAUGCUUGUAACCUGACAAAUAUUUUCGUAGACAUCAACUCGAAAGAAUGGCAGCAAACGACCCUGACAGAAAGCAUUUUACGAAGGAGGGUCAUACCCUCGAAGUCAAAAUAACCGAAAACCAGUCCCAGAAAGAGAGCGAGAAAUCUGCAAUCAAUAAUUCAGCCCCCCUGAUAUAGGAACUUUUCUGCUCAUGUAAAAUCUCUUGAACCUGUAAGGGAGGGUGCCCCUAGCAUGUUAAACUUACUAUACGAAAAGAACGGCGGAAACUUAAAUGCUGGGAGGUAGAGUUCCCCUGACCUCUAUAGAGGCACCCUCUUUCCAUGUCACACAGGCCCUAAUUCAUGGUUAUACUGUUAUACUGUUAUACACCAUUCUCUUCAUGUUAAUUUUGUGAUACAUCUUCAAUUAGGGGCUUCUUCCAGUCAUGUGGAUGGCCGUUGAAUCCCUCUUUGAUCGCGUCUAUAGUACACAAAGUGACGUGUAAGUACCUUGAAAUGUUACUUAGUAACUGCUAAGUAGUGACAUAUAUGAAAUGCUUUUUAGUGAACCUGGUGUAAUUUAAUUGUCGUAUCACAAAAUUUAGCAAAAUUCAGCCAUACGAAAGCCUUCAAACAAGUUGUCCAUUUUUAGGAUAUCGUAUGCGGAUUGCAGUUGAGUUUUUUUAAAAAAAACUGUUCAGCCUAACAGUUUCUCAAAGUUUCAAUCGGUUGUACUAUGAACUUGAAUGAUCACACGCAGGAGACUUGUUCUAAAGCUGAGGUUUUGCCAUUCAGGCGAUAAUUCCUUCGCACUGAACGUUUAAUUUCAAAGUGAAUAAAUAGUAAAACUAAACAAACUGGACUAAAUUUCCUCGACACCGUUUAUAAACCCAAAGAGCUGUUAAUUUGUUUUCUUUCCUCUUUCAUCAGGUGGUCCUUUGGAAUACUCUUAUGGGAAAUGGUUACUUUUGGUACGUAAGUGGCAUUUUAUGUUGACGAGGAAAAUAGGAAAGGAACAUUUGCCAUAAAAUAAGAAGGCCUUUUCCUUAGCAAGAAAAUACCAUUUACACUUUUUUAGUGGAUAAUAGUCACAAUUUAUUAAUAUCUUUUAAAUGCUCUUUUCUAGGAGGGUCUCCAUAUCCCGGCGUUCCUCUAGAAACUUUGUUUGAGCUUUUAAAAUCUGGAUACCGAAUGAAAAAGCCACUCACCUGUCCAGAGAACAUGUAAGUAGCCAAACAAGCUUCAAUUAUCGUGGUGAAUGAAAAAAGGAGUCCCACCCGAGGCCAAAGUAAGACAACCAACAAAAACUACUGGUACUCUCAAAUUAAAAUGUAUAAAGAUGUAGAAUGAAGGAAGGGACCACAUGGUCCCUGCUCCCACGGCUUAGUUGUCAUGAGUUAAGAAUAUAUAUAAUAAGGUCCCGGAUGGCAGCAACGGCGCUCUCACUGUCCCAAGAGAAAUUGAAAGCAAUGCGUAUGCAAAAUUUUGGGGCAAACAAGGUGUGUUUUUGGAGACGUGCAAGUGGCGAAUGGAAGAACCAAAAAAAAGACAUCCGGUAGUAUUGAGAAACAUAUUGUGCGUGUUUUGGGUUUUUCUUUAUUCCUUAGGUAUCAGAUUAUGUUGAAAUGUUGGCAGGAGUCACCGAUGCAAAGACCUACAUUUGAGGAACUGGUCAAAGAGUUCGAUGCUAUGUUAGUGUCACUAUCAGAUAAAGUUGACUCAACACGUCAAUUGGAAGAGGUAUAA